CGUAUGUGCUAUGGCGACAACAAACCAGGUAAAAGAUCUCCAAGAGGCUGUUAUCUGUUCCAUUUGCCUGGAUUAUUUUAACGAUCCAGUGAUUCUCAAGUGUGGGCACAAUUUCUGCCGAUCCUGCAUCACUCAGUACCUGAAGGACUCCAAAAACUCCCCCUCCUAUCCCUGCCCUCAGUGCAGAGAAGCCUUCGGGGAAGGAGAAUUCCAGCCUAACUGGCAGCUGAGGAAUGUAGUUGAUGUAGCAAAAAAAAUCCCAGAGCCAAGGGGGAAGAAAGCGUGUGAAAAACAUGAAGAGCUUUUGAAACUCUUCUGUGAAGUGGAUCAAACCCCCAUCUGUCUGGUCUGCAGAGAGUCCCGCAGUCACAAAGAACACUCUGUGGUGCCUAUUGAGGAGGCUGCCCUGGAUUACCAGGCCCAGAUUCAGAGCCGUUUGGAUAUUUUGAAGAAAGAGAGAGGAAAGAUUCUGUCAUUUAAAUUGAGGGGGGAAAAUGAAAGCCAUGAACUGCUGAAACAACUACAAACUGAGAAGCAGAAGAUUGUGUCAGAAUUUCAGCGACUGCGCCAGUUUCUGGAGGAACAAGCACGACUCCUGCUGGUUCAGCUGGAAGAGCUGAAUACGGAAAUUGAAAAAAGGAGGGAGAAGUAUGUUGCCAAACUAUCUGAAGAAAUAUCCUCUUUCAGUCACCUGAUCAGUGAGAUGGAGCAGAAAUGCCAGCAGCCAGCGAGUGAAUUCCUGCAGGACAUCAAAGGCACCUUGAGGAGAUGUGAGAGGGAGAAGUUUCAGAACCCAGGGGCCUUGUCUUCUGAACUGAAAUGGAGAAUCUGGGAAUCUUCUCAAAGAAAUGCAUCUCUGGGGACCAUAAUGAAGAAAUUCAAAGACUCACUGUCGUCUAGACAGCGGUUGGACAAAGCGAACGUGACUCUGGAUCCAGACACGGCCCAUCCCAACCUCAUCCUGUCUGCGGAUCAGAAACGUGUGAAAUGGGGAGACACAGGGCAGGAUCUGCCCGACAACCCUGAGAGAUUUGACACUGAGCUCUGCGUGCUGGGCUGUGAGGGAUUCACCUCGGGCAGACACUACUGGGAGGUGGAGAUGGAGGGGAGGGGACUCUGUGCUGUGGGGGUGGCCAGAGGGUCUGUGAGCAGGAAGGGACAGAUCAACUUUACCCAUGAGCAGGGGAUCUGGGCUGUGCAGGGUGGAGGAGAUCGGUACCGGGCUCUCACAUCCCCUCAGCAGUUCAUCCCCUUGUCCCUGAGCCGGGCACCCCGCAGGAUCCGGGUUUAUCUGGACUGUGAAGGAGGGCGGGUGGCGUUUUUUGAUGCUGGUUGCGGGGACCCGAUCUUCACUUUUCCGCUGGCCUCUUUCGCCGGGGAGAGAAUUCGCCCAUUUUUCUGGGCUGUUGUUAGUGUGCGGCUCCUCUAGCCCCCACCCCCUGAUCUCUAUGACCUGUAGGACUCAGCCAGCCAGUCUCCCUCCACACAGAGGGCUGAAGGGGGAGUGAUGCUCUACCCAUAGCUCUCUGGCUGUGGAGCUCUGUCUGAGGCACUCUAUGCUCCUAGGAGGCCAUCUCUGUGUGGAAUGUGGGGGGGCGGGUUCAUCCAAGGAAGGAGGGAGCCACCUGUGGGAGAGGGACCCAGCUGAGGGCCAGGGAGAGACCCCUCAACUGGGGGCAGGGGAGCAGUGGGAGGCCUGGUUGAAUGAGGGGGGUGGGGUAGAGCAGGGGGAAACCUGGCUGCAGAGGCUGGAAGGGCAGUGCAGGGGUGUUUAAAAUCACGUGAGCUGGUCGUUAUUUAGCCACAACCAGCUAAUAUAUAUUUAAAUACAACUGUUAGCGUGU